CUGCCCAUCUGGCAGGCUUUGGGCUUCUCUGGGCCUCGGUUUCCCCACUUUGCGGGCCGGAGGAUCCCGGCGGGGAGACGUUGGCGCCCAGGCUGGCCUCUGGACCUGGGACCUGCAUCAACCCCGCGGGCAGAAACGUCGGUCCUCCCGCCCUCGGCGUCGCCGGGCAGCGGACGCAGGCGGGAUGGCCGGGGCGAGGCGACGGCCUGGGCGACCCCGCUCGGGCGGGACUUCGGGCAGACGCAGUCCCGCCCGCCUUCGUUUACCCUGCGACCUCGGUCCCAGGUCCCGAGCAGCUCCCGGCGCGGGCGGUCGCUGCGAUUCCCGCGCCCUGGCCCCCUCCCCGCCCCCGACCCCCAGAAGCUCGAGCUGCGGAACCUUCGCUGCGGCGCGCGCUUCCGGCCGGCGCCGUUUCCCAGGAACGCCGCCGCCCCUCGCGCCCCCGCGCCCCCCGCGCCCGCGUUCCCGGCGCCGCCGGCCCGGAGCUCCCCGAAGCUUCGGCCCCGCCGCCGCCGGCCCUCGCGAGGGGAAGCCCGGGCCGCACGGGACCUCGGCCCGCUCCUCCGGACCCGAGAGGCCGCUGCACCGGGUACAGGGCUGCCGCUCCGGAUGCUGCUGUUGCCACCGCGGGCCCCCCACCCUCGGGCCUCCUCUCCCGAGGCCAUGGACCCGCCGCCCCCCAAGGCGCCCCCUUUCCCCCCGGCGGAGGGCCCUGCCUCCACUGCGUCCUCGGCGGCGGGGCCCCGGCCCCCGCGGCUGGGCCGCCACCUGCUCAUCGACGCCAACGGGGUCCCCUACACGUACACGGCACCGCUGGAGGAGGAGCCGCGCGGCCCGACCCCGCGCGAGGCGCCGCCUGGAGAGCCCGGGCCGCGCAAGGGCUAUAGCUGCCCCGAGUGCGCCCGCGUCUUUGCCAGCCCCCUGCGGCUGCAGAGCCACCGUGUGUCGCACUCGGACCUCAAGCCCUUCACGUGCGACGCCUGCGGCAAGGCCUUCAAGCGCUCCAGCCACCUGUCGAGGCACCGCGCCACGCACCGCGCCCGUGCCGGGCCGCCGCACGCCUGCCCGCUCUGCCCGCGCCGCUUCCAGGACGCCGCGGAGCUGGCGCAGCACGUGCGGCUGCACUGAGCCGGCGGGCGGCCCCGGCUCUCCUCCCCGCGCCUGGCGUGCCCCGGGUGCCGCUCCCGCGUGGUGCGCGCCAGCCGUCUGCGCGGGAGCGUCAAAGGCUGCGGCCGCGGCCCGGUUCGCUCCUGCGUCUCCCCUCGCACCCGCCACCCUCACCCUCUCUCAAUAAACAUUCCGCACUUCA